AUAGAAAAUAUUAAUUGUCUGAUUCUAGGUUCUCCUUAGCCUUCAUAGCCUUCAUAGCUCUGUCGUCUCCCUACCAAUGGCAACAACUGAUAGCCCAAUUUCCAAACUCAAAUGGUUCUCUAACAAAACCAUCAAACUCAGUUUCCCUGGUCGACGAUCAUCAAAGUCUAGCUUCUCUACUAGUCCAAACUCUCCUUUGUCCCCAACUACUGCUCGAACCGGAAUAAUUAGUCCGAGAUGUACAAGCAAAGAAGAUGAGCUUAGAGAAGUUUUUCGCUACUUUGACGGAGAUGGUGAUGGAAAAAUAUCAGCCUCGGAGCUCAGAGCCUAUUUCGGGUCCAUCGGUGAGUACAUGUCACACGAAGAGGCCGAGGCCGCAAUCAACGAUCUUGAUGCGGACGGCGACAGUCUGUUAGACUUUGAAGAUUUUCUGCAGCUGAUGAAUAGCGGAGGUGGUGACGAUGAGGACUUGAAGAAGGCGUUUGAGAUGUUUGAGUUAGAGAAGGGAGUCAUAACCCCUAAAAGCUUGCAGAGGAUGCUGGACAGACUUGGUGACACCAAGUCGUACAAUGAGUGUGUUACGAUGAUUCAAGUUUUUGAUACUGAUGGUAACGGGGUGCUUGAUUUUAAUGAGUUUCAUCGAAUGAUGGCUUAAUGAUCAACUUAACUAAGUUUAUAGUUGAUGAUUAAUGAAAGUAUUUUGUAAAAUAAUGUCUAAGAAUUAGUCGUGAAUAUGUAUGCAUGGUUGGUGUUGUCUUAUGAUCUUCGUGGAAUUGGAACAUUACUAUAGUA